UGAGUGUGGGUCCACACCUAUGCUUUGUGAAGGGGAGGGAGAGGAGAGUCCCUUUGCAUUAUGCCGUCGUGGACGGGGAGCUCCAUGCCAUGAAGGUACUGCUCUCCGCUUCGCCUGAGUCCGCCGAAGAGACAACCGCCCGAGAGGAGACGGCGCUUCACCUUGCCGUGAAGAACAACUGUUUUGCCGCGGUAGUUGUGUUGGUGGAGCAUCUGAAGCAGCACAAGAAGGAGUAGGUGAUCGAUCGGAAGGACAACAAAGGCAAUACUGUCUUGCAUCUCGCUGCAGGUGGGUUGACUUCAUGCUUCGUUGGCAUGCUAUGGAUUACGAGGUCGUAGAUGUGUGCGCCUCGAACGAAGUGGCUUGACGCCUCCAGAUGCCUCAGUUCUCUCACAAAGGGGAGCAGGAGACAGAGAGAUGAGAGAAAUUCACGCACGAACUGGAGACAUACACAGAAGAGGACGAUCAAACACGCCCGCUUCGCCACUAUUCUCGGUGGAGGACGACGAUAUCCAGGGAGCUAACAGUCAUCAAUCAGAUGGGGAACGAGCAACGAAUGCUCCUCAAUCAUCAUCACGUUUGCCAUCAAAGAAUUUCAAAAGAGAAAGAGAGCCAAUGGGCGACACACGCAACGCCCUCCUGGUCGUCGCUGCGCUCAUUGCUAGCACCACCUACCAAGCCGUGAUUCAACUUCCAAGCUUUAUUAAAAAAGUUGAGUCCGAAAAAAGCUUCCAUGCAUACUACACAUCUAUGAUAGCCGGUCCUCUUGGCAGGGACUCUGCGUACGUCAUCUUCGUGAGCAGCAACACAUUCGGAUUCUUAGUGGCGGUCCAGAUGAUUGUUUGCCUCACCAGAGAUCUCCCCGUCAGGUUGCCGCUGUUACUCUCUGUGACCGCAAUGGUUCAAACUUACUAUUGCUUCACGUAUUACCUGCCAUUCACGUUACAGGACAAAGCGUUUGGUCUGAAAAACGUGGAAUUGUUGAGCAUGCUGCCGGUAACGAUGUCAGUUCUUCUUCUGCUGGCGCAAAGGCCGUUGGCGCUAGCUUUAGAUUUUUGCUUGGAAAGGCUUUCUUGGUUUAACCUCCUAGGGGAUAUGUACAGUCUAAGGACCCAAUCCGUCGUGGUUAAAAUUAGUGAUAUUGGAGAAAUUAACGCACCACCUGGAGCGGAACCCAGAAGAAGAAGAACCAACUCACCCACUUCAAGACUAGUCUCGGAGGAAGAUCAAUCAGAUGAGGAACCAGUUGCAAAUUCGAAAAUUUUGAACAAAGAAAGAGAGUCGAUAGCAGACAUACGCAAUGCCCUACUAGUCGUCGCCGCGCUCAUUGCGAGCGCAACCUACCAAGCCGCGCUUCAGCCUCCAAGCUUUAAAAUAAAAGUUGAUGAUAAAUCAACGAAAGGCUUCCUCCAUUACUAUGCAUCUUGGGUGACUAGUCCUCUUGGCAGGGACUUAGUGUACAUUGGCUUCAUAAGCGGCAACACAUUUGGACUCUUGCUGUCGAUCCAGAUGAUCAUUUGCCUCACCAGAGAUCUACCCGUCAGGCUGCCGCUGUUACUCUCCGUGACUGCACUGGUUCAAACUUACUAUUGCUUCACGUAUUACCUGCCGUUCACGUUACUGGACAAACCGUUUGGUCUGAUAAACGUGGAAUUGUUGACCGUGCUGCCAAUAACGAUGUCAAUACUUCUUCUACUGGCGCAGAGGUGGUUGGCGCUAGCUUUAGAUUUUUGGUUGGAAAGGCUUUCUUGGUUUAACCUCCCAGGGAAUAUGUACAGUCUGAGGACCCAAUUUGUUAACGAUAGAGAAGCUGGAGCCGAUCAUGGAAGAGGAAGAUCAAACUUGCUUGCUUCGAAAAAUUUGAGCAAAGAAAAAGAGUCAAUGUGCGACAUACGCAACGCCCUGCUGGUUGUCGCCGCGCUCAUCGCGAGCACGACCUACCAAGCCAUGUAUCAGCCUCCAAGCUUUAUAACAAAAGUCAACAGUAGUUCCACGAAAGUCUUCCUCGCAUCCUAUGAAUCUUGGAUGACUGGUCCUAUUGGCAGGGACUUAGCGUACAUCGCCUUCAUGAGUGGCAACACUUUCGGACUCUUGGUGUCGGUCCAGAUGAUCAUUUGCCUCACCAGAGAUCUCCCUAUUAGGCUGCCGCUGUUACUCUCCGUAACUGCAAUGGUUCAAACUUACUAUUGCUUCACGUAUUUCCUGCCAUUCACGAUACUGGACAAAGAGUUUGGUCUGAAAAACGUGAAAUUGUUGAGCGUACUUCCGGUAACGAUAUCACUUCUUCUUCUACUUGCACAGAGGUGGUUGGCUCUAGCUUUAGAUUCCUGCUUGGAAAGGCUUUCUCGUUUUAACCUCCUUGGGGAUAUGUACAGUCUUCAGACCCUAUCUGCCAUUGUUAAUGGUAGAGAGAUUAGAGAAAUUAACACAUCAGCUGGAGCCAAACGCGGAAGAAGAAGAACCAAUUCACUCACUUCAAGACAAGUAUCGGAGGAAGAUCAAUCAGAUUGGGAAACAGCUGCAAAUUUGAAAAUUUUGAACAAAGAAAAAGAGUCGAUAGGUGAUACACGCAACACCCUGCUAGCUGUCGCUACACUCAUCGCAAACUCAACCUACCAAUCCGUGCUUCAGCAUCCAAGCUUUAGGAUAAAAGUCGAUGAUUAUUCAAUGAAAGGCUUCCUUGCAUAUUAUCCAUCUUGGGUGACUCAUCCUCUUGGCAGAGACGUUGCAUACUUUGGCUUCAUAAGUGGCAACACAUUUGGACUCUUGCUGUCGAUCCAGAUGAUCAUUUGUCUCACCAGAGAUCUCCCCGUCAGGCUGCCGCUGUUACUCUCUGUGACCGCACUGUUUCAAACUUACUAUUGCUUCACUUAUUAUCUGCCAGGCGGUUGGCACUAG